AUGAUUCCACGACUACCACCAUUACUAUUGGCAUUGAUAGGUGGCGCAUCUAUUUAUGGCAUCAAAGCUGUGCUUGAUCGACUGGAUCCUCCUGCCAUUGGUCCACCUGGUUCAUCGGAACGGGCUGCGCGCAUGCUCAAGUAUAGGGAUUAUGCAAGACGUGGUGGUAUAGUUGCUGUUGCUGCUGGUUUUGCUUGGGCUGGAUACUGGAUGUAUGACAAACGCACCCAUCGCCCUAUGCCGGCAUCACAGUCAGGCAACAAGGAGGAUGCAGAGUCUUUCUAUCGUGACCAGUACAGUGAUCGUGAACGGCGAUUUCAACAAGAGCAGCAAAAAGCACGAGACGAGCAACGACAACGAGAAGCUUUAGCAAGAGCUAGGUUGAUGGCUGAACAAAUAUCCAUGGAAGAAAAACUACCUCCAGUAUCAUCAUCGCCAUCAUCAUCACCAACGACGACGACAACAACAACGACAAACAAUGACAACAACAAUGAUCGUCAAUAG